AUGUUUUCAGUGUAUGUUGCCCUCAUUACAACUGCCAUCGCUGUGUCGUCUUCCAGUGAUCAUUUAAACCCUGUUUUAGACAAUUACUCUCAGACUUCAACGCAGUCGCAAUUAACGUCAGCGUCAGCCUUACGUCUUCGAUUGCUUCCUCGAGCUUUACUAUAUUUAAAUGAUAUCACUAGCAAUUUAUUAGCAAAUCAACUGCCUCGGAUCUUCAUUCCAAAUAUUUAUCACCGAUUUAAAAAUGGCCAAGGAACGAUUUCACUGUCGCAUGUUCGCGUUUCAAGAUAUAAGCGCGCUAAACUCUAUAAAAUUUCUGCUUCAGAGCCGAAUAAGCUGACAUGGACUUCGCAUGAUCUAAAUAUCGGGAUGAUUGGAGAUUUAUCUGGUGAAUUAAAUAUAUUUGUACCAUUACAAUUGGAAGGACAAGUUGAAGUUCAGACCAAAGGAGUUUAUUUCUUUCUGCAAAGUGCAAUUAAGCGAUCUGUAAGUGGUGCUGCGCAUUUAAUGCCGAAAUCUUGUCGUACUUUUAUAAAAAUGGUUCAUAUUGAAAGUCGCAGUGGUGGGCUUGCUGGUAUCGCACUGAAUAUAUUCAAGGAGACGAUAUCUGAACGUAUCCGUCCAUUAAUUCAAUUAUCAAUUUGUCAGAAAGUCACGAGAAUUAUCGUCGAGGACCUGAAUAAAAAGCUAUCACAAAGUCAAACGCAACUGACAUUUUCAGAUGCACUCAAAACCAAUUCGUUCGGAAGAUAUUUGAUAUUUGAUCCAAAUAUUCUCAGACAUUUUCAUACUAUUCAUCCGAACACAUCAACUUAUUUUUUUCAGAAACAGGCUUCAAGCAUUUCCAUUGAUUACAGAUUAAGUGAAGAUCCGCUAUGCUAUAACAAUACAAUUGAGCUGGCUUAUCUUGGAGAGAUAUCGUCGAAAAUCAAAACUCCAUUUGGGAUGCAUCCUUUAGAAUGGCCUUCUGAUCUUACUGAUUCGGAUUCAAUGGUACAAAUACUAAUAUCUGAUCAUAUAGCAAAUGCUUUGUUAUACCAUUCUUUUAAUGAAAACCUCCUGAAAUUCACUAUCGAUGAAAGCACUAUAUCAUCGUUGAAGUCAUUUUUGCAAACGACUUGUCCCAGCUCAUUUUGUUUUGCUGAUAUAAUUCCUGAAAUUGGCAAACGGCAUCCCAACAAAAAAAUUCAGUUCAAACUGAUAACAACUUCCGCACCUGUCGUUUUAUUUAGCGCCAAAGAUUCUGGAUUAAUAAAUGUGAGAUUUAGCGGCAUUGUCUCGAUCAAUGUUUAUACAGAUGAAAUGCCACACGAGGAAGCAGCAGUUUUCGAUAUAAAUGUUAUUGCCAAUAUUAAAUUACAAAUAAAGUUGGAUCAGUUCAAGCUGAAAAAUAAGUUGGGAACAGAAAAUGCAGCCGGCGAUGAACUAACUGAUUUGGAAUUUCUUAGUUCCGAAUUUUUACAGAAUUUAAUCAACAGCUUUCUUCAAAAUGGAUUUCCUAUACCGCUUCCUGAAGGAUUAUAUUUAAUGGCAGCCAAAUUGCGCAUUUUAGACAGAAAAAUAUUGAUAUCUAGUGAAUUCAGUAUUGAUAGAGAACAUUUCAGUCAAUUCGCUAUAAAAACGAUCUUUAAUUCAACAUUUUAA